UGUGGAUAGGACAAGCAUGUCGCGGUUGAAGACGGCGAGCGAGCUGCCAACGCACGACCGCUUCCAUUCCCGCGCCCCAGCGGUCCCCGUGGACGUGAGUCACCUGAGCAUCAACCAGCGCUUGGUCCUUGAGAACAGGAAACGCGCCAUGGAAAAGACGCGCCGCCGCAACACGAUCGAAGUCGAGCGGAUGCUCACGACAGAGCCGGUGGAAGUUGGAUCGCAGAUCUGGAUCCCUGACUCGGAAACUGUUUGGCGCGUGGUGCAAGUGACCAAGGUCCAUGGGGAAGACCGGGGCAUGCUCUUGACUGUGGUGGGUAAACACGGCGAAGAAAAGGUCGACAUGCGCGACAUUGGCGAUGUCUACCGCGUGAACCCCCGCGUCGUGGACGACAUGACGUCGCUCUACUACAUCCACGAGGCAGGUAUCUUGGAAAACUUGAACAUUCGCAGUCGUUUGGACAAUCAGCGCCCGUACACGUUCAUGGCAAACGUGCUGAUUGCCGUGAACCCCCUGCGCAAGGUCGUGGAGCCAAACAUCAAGGACUACGUGAAGACCCAGAUGGGCGACCGACCGCCACAUCCAUAUGCCGUGGCGGAAGUGGCGUUCCAGCAAAUGGCGCUUCGGUCGCCGUCGCAGAACCAGUCGAUUGUCAUUUCCGGCGAAUCCGGCGCCGGCAAGACCGAAACGUCCAAGAUUGUGUUGCGCUACAUCACGACCCGAGAGCACAUUCUCAACGGCAACAAGGACGAUUCGGUCGUCACGAUGGCGAAAAUCUCGUCGCAAGAGCUCGACCGGCGCCUGUGGGACACGAACCCCAUCUUGGAAGCAUUCGGGAACGCCAAGACACUGCGCAACCACAACUCGAGUCGAUUUGGUAAGUUCAUGAAGCUGCAGUUCCAAGACACGGGCAAGUCCACGGUGGACCUCCACCUCGUCGGCGCGUACAUUGAAACGUACUUGCUCGAGAAGUUCCGCGUCGUGGCGCAAAUCCCCAACGAGCGCAACUUCCAUGUGUUUUACUACCUCUUGGCGGGUGCGUCCGACGACUUGAGUGCGCAGUUGCACCUGACGUCGCCCGCCGACUACUUGUACCUGAACCAAAGCGGAUGCAUUUCCGACCCCAACAUUGACGACGAGCUCCUCUUUGACGACGUGUGCAGCGCGCUCAAGUCGGUUGGCGUCGACGCCGCCAUGCAGCUGAACGUGUGGACUGUCCUCGCCGGCCUUCUCCAUUUCGGCAACGUGGUGCUAACGAACCGCGAGACGUCCGAGGGCGACGCCGGCGACAUCACGACGGCGACGGCGGGGGCGCUGCAGAUCGCCGCCACCCACUUGGGCGUGGACGUGGCGUACCUGGAGCGCGUGAUCACGACGCGCGGCAUCAACACCCGCGGCGAGAACUUCGUCAUCAAGCGCAAUGCGAAGGAAGGCAUGUACGUGCGCGACGCGAUUGUCAAGUCGAUUUACCAGCACUUGUUUGACUGGAUUGUGAACCACAUCAACGUAUCGUUGGGUCAUGGGCCGCCGGACCUGUCGUUCAUUGGGGUGCUCGACAUCUUUGGGUUUGAAUCGUUCGACCACAACGACUUUGAGCAGCUCUUGAUCAACUACGCCAACGAAGCGCUCCAAGCUACGUUCAACCAGCAAGUGUUUAUCGCUGAGCAAGAGCUGUUCUCGCAUGAAGGCAUCGACGUGGGCAAGAUUGCAUGGCCAGACAACCGCGAGUGCAUCGACCUGAUCUCGUCGAAACCCCACGGCGUGCUGCCGCUGCUCGACUCGGAAUCGCGGACGCAAAAGCCCACCGAUGACAAGUGGAACGCGGCGCUGCACAAGACCCACGUCGGCCACGGCCACUUUUUGGCGCCCCACGAAAAGGACAAGAAGUUUGUGUUUAUCAUCAAGCACUUUGCGACGAUGGUCACGUACACGGUGGGUAACUUUAUCGACAAGAACAACGACACGAUCCCAAAGGACUUGGAGGAUCUCGUGCUGUCGUCUUCGUCCGAGCUCAUGGCGCAGAUCUACAAGUCCGGCGUCGACGGCGGCGUCGCUGCGUUCAAGAAACCCAGCGUGUCGUUCAAGUUUUGCGACCAAAUGCAGACCCUUGUCGACACGCUCAACGCCACCCGAUGCAACUUUGUCCGGUGCGUCAAACCCAACCCAACCAUGUCCGUCGGCGCAUUCGACAACGGGUACGUGGUCGACCAGCUGCGGUGCACGGGCAUGCUGGCCACGUGUGAGCUGCUCAAGGUCGGGCUGCCGACGCGGGUGUCGUAUGACGAGAUCUGCCGCAUCUACAAACCAGUGCUGCCGCCCCAUGUGACGCCCAUGUUCCAGUGCUAUAACGACCGCACGUUCACCGAGGCGGUGCUGUGGGCGUUUCGAGUCGACCCGGACGCGUACCGCCUCGGUCGUACGCGCGUGUUUUUCAAGACGGGCAAAAUCGCGCUCUUGGACGCGCUGCUCAAGGUCGACAUGAACAAGAUGGGGCCGUGGAUCGUGGCGAGGCUCAAAAAGUGGCUCGCGCGGCGGCGAUGGCGGUACGCAGCGGCCAAAGUGAUGGCUCAGCGGUCGUUUUUGUGGCUGCUCGAGUACGUGCGUAACCGCAAGGCGGCGAUUGUCAAGAUCCAGUCCAUUGCCCGCAUGUACAAUGUGCGCAAGCAGUUCCUCGUCACCCGAGCGUCGAGUCGGGAAGCGGCGAAACGCAAGGACGCGGCGGUCCAUCGAUGGAAGAAGGCGAUGGCCGUGGUGAGAGGACGCAACGCGUUCAAUAGGUUGUUUGCAGCCAGUCGGGCGAAAUUGCAAGCCCAACACGCCCGUGUGAACCGUGCGGCGACUGUCCUGCAGACGGUGGCGCGCGGCAAACUGGCGCGUCGAGAAGCCGAAAAGUUGCGUCGGGCGGCCCAAGAAGCUGCCCUGCGCUUGCGAUUGCAAAAAGAAGCCGAGCGAUUGCAAAAGGAAGCCGACGCGCGGCUCCAGGCCAGCAAAAAGUCGGCCAAGCGCCGAUGGCACGCCGCGUUGAUUGCAAUCUCGGCCCAGCGCUUGCUCGUGUCGCGGUUGAUCAAAAUCCGAAACGGUCGGUUGGUCGCGGAAAUGGCGGAGCAACGCGCCCGGGAAGACGAGAUCCUGCGCCUGCAACGUCUGGACGCCGAGCGCGUCCUACAGCAACAGGUGCAAACCCAGUCGGCCAUCAAAAUCCAAGCCGCAUACCGGGGCAAAGUCGGUCGCGACGAAGCGAGUCGCGUGGCUGCCGUCGCGUAUGCCCAGUCUGCUGCCCUGGCCGCGUCUGUAGCUGCGGACGAAGCGGCGCGCGCGGCGGAAUUGGCGUCCAAGGCCUACGAAGCCGAAUCCGCCGCCCUCCGAAAACUGGAUUCGUUGGAAGCCUCUCGAAUGGCGGCGACUGUUGGUGUCGUCCCGGCGAGCGUUGGGGUGUUGGGCACCGCGGGAGUGGCCCAAGGCGUGGCGGGUGAAGCGGGGGCUCUGGGCGCUCUCGGAUCGCAAGGCGUUGCGGGCGCGUUGAUUGACAAGCAAGAGAGUUUGGUCGAGCCGGACAUGAGCUGGAUGCCCAAGGACACACCUGCCUUUAGCGAAGGAACUAUCGGCAAUGGGUUGUCGGCGGAUGAAUUGCAUCAAGCGGGCGUGGACUUGUUUGGCGAAGAAGGGGCCCAAAUCCAAGGCCCGUUGAUCAGUGCCGACGACGACGAUCUUCGCAACCCCGUCGAACGCAUGCAAGAAUUCCCCACGGGUCCUCCGAUUCCGUACAAGGGCGGCAUAUUCACAUGCACGUUGCUUGGCCACCGCAAACUGCAAGACGAAAACUGGGGCGACGAGUACACAGAAUACGUGCUGCGGGUGACGUGGGGGCGCGACAUUCUCGAGCAAUCCAAGACGGCGUGGCUCGUGGGCGGUCGCUACAACGACUUCAACGCCCUCCACCAAGAGCUCAAGGCGGCGGCGUCGGGUCAAAAGGGCAAACGCGCACCAUGGUUCCCUCGGUUCCCGAAGCGGCAUCCGUUCUCGUCGUUAAUUGGCAAGAACCAAGAGGAAAAGUUCAUCACGAAGCGGGAAAAGGAGCUGAAUCGGUACAUGACCCAAGUGCUGACGCAAAUGCCAGACGCCCUCUUGAACGUGCACAUGGAUCGGUUCUUGCAGCUGACGCUGCGGACGGGCGACAUUUGCGAGCGCGAGGCGUUCGCGGAAGCCCGCAAACAAUGGGAAGAAGAAGAACGAGAAGCGCUAGCACAUGCUGCCGACGCCGAGCCGCUCAACGACGGCGAAAUCCACGAAGUGGAAGAGUUGGUGCAUGGACUGCUGGAAAAGAUCAUUUAUGCCCAAGGGGACAUCCGCACGGAUGGCGCGCUCCAAGAGAUGAUCCACGCGGUCAAGGUGCUGCAGCCCCGUGUGACGGCGUCGGCGCAGAUCGGGGCUGGAGUGAACAUGGAGUUGGUGCCGUUGGCCAUGCAACUGCAAGACGACAUUCAAGACGCGUUCAACCAGUACAACGAUACGUUGUUGGCGUUGCGAUUGGGUCAAGAGUUCGACUAAGCCGACGACAGGAGUAACGCCGUUGUUUAUACAUGCGGAGAGAAAAUGCCUAGAGAAAUACGAAUGCAAAAAUGUUUAUAUAGCGAGUGGCGGGUCUUGGAUUUCGUGGCGUAUCUUUCUGUUGCAUAGAGUUAAGGAGCAACGAUACUCAGCGUUGUUG